GUAUUUGCAGGAUUUGCAGUAUUUAGUAGUCGGUUACAGUAAGUAGGUGUGUGGAUGUUUUGUAUCCACUGUCCAAGCAGGCUUCUAUUGAAUAUUUUAUACAAACUAUUGAUUAGUAUAAGCCUGUAGAAGUAACCAGUUUGUAAAACUAUGGAUUUCUCAAGUGGAAAGGACAAUCAUUUGAUGUCUAUUCAAUCCAUGGAAGAAUCUUAUGUGAAAGAUUACACUGAAGUAGAAGCCGAGCAGUAUUUAAGGUACAUGAACCAAAGAGAUGAAAAUAGAAAGAAAUGUAAUGCAAAUAUGACAGAAGAAUUAGAAGACAGUCUGCAAAGUCUUUAUGUAGAAGAUCUGGCUAAAGUCUAUCGAGAAUGCAGUUUUACUUACAAUCCAAAAUCUAAUGAUUUAUCUAUUCUGUCUAUGAAGGAUAAGAUACUCUCAAUAAUCGAGACGAAUUCGGUAGUUGUCAUUCAAGGGCCAACUGGCUGUGGAAAGACCACUCAGAUUCCACAAUUCAUUCUCGAUGCUAAUAUUAAGAAGAGACUCAAUUGCAAUAUUAUAGUUACGCAACCAAGACGAAUUGCUGCUAUAAGUAUCGCCAAAAGAGUGAGCCAAGAAGGAAAUUGGCCUCUUGGUAGCCUUGUAGGCUACCAGGUGGGUAUGCAAAAAAAAAUCUCGCACGAAACUCGUCUAACUUAUUGUACCACUGAAAUUCUCCUUCAACAUUUGAUUCACAAUAAACACAUGUUGGACUAUACUCAUGUUAUAUUAGACGAAAUUCAUGAACGCGAUCAAAAUUUGGAUUUUCUUCUACUAGUUGUUAAAAGAUUAUUGCAAACAAAUUCAGGACAAGUCAAAGUUAUUCUCAUGUCAGCAACAAUUAAUGUAAUAAAAUUUGCAAAAUAUUUUUCUUCAAUAAUAGAAAAUGAAUUAAUCCCGGCGCCAAUUAUCAAGAUUCCUCGGAAGAAAACUUUUGAGAUUUGUAUAUAUUAUUUGGAUGAGAUCAAGAAUAUAGGAAAUAUACCAGAAGUAUCUGUCAUGGAACCAAAAGUCACUCAAGCGAUGCUCAAUUUUUGCUCACUUAUUAUCCACGCUCUAGAUGAAAUUGAUAUAAAUGAUAACGAAGAAGAUUCAAAUUCACCUCAGAGACAUGCCGUUCUCAUAUUUUUACCAGGAAUUUAUGAAAUUGAGGAAUUAUAUAAUUAUUUGUCGUCAAUUUAUCAUAAGAAUAAAUUAUGGGACCUAACGAUUUUGCAUUCAUUGGCUUCUGACGAUAACGAGCAGCGUCGUGUUUUUCAAAAACCACUGGAAGGUUAUAGACGCAUUAUACUUUCCACAAAUAUUGCUGAAAGCAGUAUUACUGUACCAGAUGUAAAAUAUGUGAUAGAUUUUUGUCUUACAAAACUGCUGACAUUUGAUUCCACGACUCAUUAUCAAAGUUUGCAACUAUGUUGGGCGAGUAAAACAAACUGUAUACAACGAGCUGGUCGCACGGGUCGUGUAAUGGAUGGCAGAGUGUAUAGAUUAGUACCAAAAGCAUUUUAUGACAAUAUUUUGGAUGACUACUGCGUACCAGAAAUACUUCGCGCCCCGCUCGCUAAUGUCGUUCUCCGAGCCAAAAUCCUUGAUCUCGACGAGCCACGUGUCCUUCUUUCACAUUCUCUUGAUCCACCUACUCUCUCUAAUUUGGCAAAUACCAUUUUGAGCUUAAAAGAAGUCGGGGCCUUGGUAGACGAGGGUGACUCUUUUCAAAUGUUUGACGGAAAUUUAACCGAUCUCGGCAGAGUAAUGGCGACUCUUCCGCUCAACAUUCGAAUUUCGAAAUUGAUUAUGUUGGGGCAUAUUUUCGGAGUCUUACGAGAUGCUAUUAUUCUGGGAGCCAGUAUGGCUAUUAAGGAUGUCUUCUCUUUGGAGCAAUGCCAUUCCACUGUUUCCUCUUAUACAACUCGGAAAAAAUGGGCCUACGGUUCUGAUAGUGACUGCAUUGCCACUUUAAAUGUUUACAAGAUGUGGCAGAAUGAAAAAGCAAAUCGGCGAUUAAAUUCUUAUCAAGCCGAGAGACAAUGGGCCCAGAGAAAUGGAUUCCAAGUAAGAGCCUUGCAUGAAUUAGAUGUUCUAGUGAGCGACAUCACCAUUAGAUUGCAGAAGUUUGGAAUUAAAGAGAGUAUAGGAGUAAAUAAAGUCAUCUGGCAAGGUGCAGAUCGUGAAUUCGUGCUUCAAGUUGCUCUUGCUGGAGCUUUCUACCCCAAUUAUUUUAUUAAACGUUUACAAAAUCGAGAAAUUUAUAAAGAAAAUAUUACAAUGACCCUGGGCUCUUUGGAUCCUAUGAAAACAGUUUAUUUAAGAGGUUGGCCAAUGAAACAGCCUGGAUAUUUGUACGCUAAAAGGUUCCAGGAGAUUUUUGCCAAACAUCAAGGAAUUCUAGAAAAACAAAUAGAAGUAUCUUUUGAUGGAUCGCAACGUGUUUACGUGCAUUUUCGCGAGAGGGAAACCAUUGACGAUAGUCUUCAGAAUAUAUCAGAGUUGGUUUAUCAGGCUAUCAUGAUGAAGCAAUGCAAUGUUCCAAUCAAAAUAAAAUUGUUGAAUAUAAAAGAGGCAAAUGAGAAGGCGAAACGUUACAAUUUCCAUAAAUUUGAGCAGAAUGUUUUUUUUAAGAAAAAUUGUAAAACGCUAGAGAAUAAUGUUCCUAAAAUCAGGUCAAAUUUGCCAGGUCUUAAUGUAACUUCUAUACCUCUGUUUAUACAAAACAUCGUUAGCCCUGGAUCUUUCUGGGCAACUCUUGAUGAUGAUAUUACUCGUAGUGAAUUACGAGUUAUAGAAGAAAUACUCAAUAAACGCCCCUUGAAAAAAUUGCUCUCUAUCCCAAAAAUUUCUACCAUAGUCGCUGCUCCCGUAGAAGAGAAUGAUUCUUUAGCUUACCAUCGUGCUAUAAUUAAGGAAUAUAUUUCAGAAAUCGGAGAACUGGUCGAUGUUUUCUUUAUCGAUUACGGUCGUUUCUCUAGAAUACGAUUUAGUGAUCUAAGAAAAAUUGAUAAUACUACAAUUUUAGCAAUUCCUCCCUUAGCAUUUCGUUGCAAUUUGGCUUUUUUGCGACCUUCGAAUCAACGCAAUCAUCACGGUCAGUGGUCGGAAAGAUCGAAAAUUUAUUUUAUGACACAAAUUAAAAAAACCAAGAAGAUACUAGGAAAAAUUUAUUCGAUUGUUGAUAGCGUUAUUAAUUUAGAAUUGAUCGUUGUUAAUGAGAAAGAGGAGAACUUUAAUGUUAAUGAAGCUUUAAUUGAGAAAGGAUAUGCUAUAAAGAGAGAAGAAAGCUGUGUGUCACAGCAAAAUCAUGAAUUAAGGGCAAACAUUAGUAACAUUAAUGCAAUGUCGAUAGAAGAGAAACAGUUUUACGAAGAGAAACAAUAUGACAAACAUAAAUUAAUGGAAUACCCCAAACCACCUAAAGAAGAAGAUUGCACCUCCAGCGUAGAUCUCCAAGGUCCAUUUUCUCCCUUACAAAUGGAAUUGAUUCAGUUGACAUUAGGUGGAAGAUUGAAAAAGAUAAAUGUAGAUAUGAACUCCGUCAAUUCUGUCCUUUUGGAUGAUGAUCUUAAUCAAUCAAGACGUCUUUUAGUUGCCCAAAGCACCACUCAGUCGAAUAAAAAUUAUCUAAUACUGAGAAAUACCACUUUCUUGCCAAAUAUUCCUGGACUCGCAGCACUGCUCACGCUGAGUUUUGCACCGCGUAUGGAAUUAAGAUGUAAUUCUCGCAGGACUUGUUAUACAGGGGCUUUAUGCGGUUUGGGUCCAAAGAAUAAUUUCACUAAUCGGGCUAUAUUUCCCGAUCAUGACAUAGAAAUUCAAUUUGACGUUGAAAUCACGAUAGAUGAUGUAAAAGAGAUAAAUAAAUUACGCCACUGGAUGAAUACUGCAAUGCAACUAAAUAACUUCAGUGAUGAGGAUAUUAUACUUUAUCAAAAUAAAAUCAAACACAUUUUACUUGAACUAAAAGAGAAACGAAGACAAUCACGAAAUCCAGAAGAUGACGAGGUCGAUCAGCUUAGCGAUAAGUGGAAUCGCUAUAACGGACCAUAUUUUUUGCCAUCCGUUCGAGAAAAUGUGAGAAAAGGCGACGUAUAUCCGCUACAUAAGGCGUUAGAAUUACGUGAAACAAAUGAACAGAUGGAGGAAAUGCUGAUGCAUCUGUCACAAUUAGAGAGUCUUGCCUAUGAAGAUGCAAGUGUAGUGGGAAAAGUGGCUGCUUUUUGUAAAUUAUGUGGAACGGAAACGUUCGGCCUAUUGCAGCUACGUAAUCAUCUUCAUUCAGAGCAACAUGCAGAGAAUGAGAAACUGUUGCGCCGUCAACUACAUUAUGAGAUUGCAGUAUAAUUUUUUUAAUUUGGAGUCUCGUCAAUCUUCGAUCCUAUUUCAA